UCAAGCCCGGUAUGCUUUCUCUUUCAGUAACAAUUUUCGUAAAACCCUAACUAAAGUCUAAAACCUCUGCAUCUCUCGCUCGCACGUGUGGUCGACAGUAACACAGGCUUUCGGCACUUCAUACCGCCUCGAGUUUGAAUAGAUUCAGAGCUUCGUACCCUUCUUCGUUAAUGGCGAACACUUCUCGCAAGCACUAAACCCAGUGGAGCUGAUGAGAUAGCAAACCCCAUUUCUUCUCAACUCAAUGGCGGCGGAUGUUGUCGUAGAGAUUGAGAAGGAGAAAUCCUGCUGUGCAGUGUUGAAAGCGAACUAUUCGAAGUUGGAAGAGAAGAGGAAUGCUCUUCGGCAAGCUGUGAAGCUUCUCGAGCGUGAAAUCACCAAGUUGCAGACCGCGAAUGCCAAUCUCAGAAAAGAAAAUGAGGAAGGGCGGGCACGGCUGGAAACAGAGGUAGCAGCCAAAUUGGAGGAGUCUGCUGCUAGAGUAGGUUUGGGGAAUGAGCUUUCUGAACUGAAGUCAGAGAUCUCUUUAUUACGAAAAACAGCUGGUUCAAGAAUUGAACAAGAUGACCAAGUGAAUCUGCUUCAAAAUCAAGUUUUAGAGGGUGAGGCAGAAAUGAAUCGGCUCAGGGAGCUUCUGGAGAAAGAGAAAAAACAGGUUCAAACAGAGCGGAAGAAGGUUGUGGAGGAGAGGAAGAAAACAAAAGAAGUGGCAGUACUGCAAACCCGUGUUGCAGAAGGUGAGUCAGAGCUUAGUCGGCUAAAGGAUCUUCUCGGAAAAGAGGAAAAGAGUGUGGAAUCAGAGAGGAAGAGGGCUGAAAAGGAGAAGAAAAAAGCUGCAGAGGCAUGGAAUUUGGUUAAAGCUGAAAAGAAGAAGUUUGAGGAACAAAAGAAAAUUGCUGAUACUGAAAGGAAUAAGGCUGAGGAGUAUAGGCUUCAAUUGGAAGCAGCAAGGAAUGAAGCUGAUGAAACAAGAUUAAAUUUGCUAGCAGAGGAAGAGGAAACAAACCUAAGAAUUGAGGCUGAGAAGCAGAAGUUGAAAAGAACAAAGAAACAUGCAGAUUCAGAGAUGGCAAAGGCAGAAAAGCACAGAAAAAGUGCUGAAGCGGAGAGGAAGAAAGCAAUUGAUGAGAAAAAUCGUGCUGAUGUUUUGGCUCAGAAACUAGAGGUGGAAAUGGAAAGGAAUGGGGCAUUACAGAGGGAGAUUCAGGAAAUCAUUUCAGGUAAAAACGUGGAACAUUUACCUACUGUGUCAUUGAAUAAUAACGGUGAUGCUAAAAUGGCAAACAUGAAGCUUUUAGAAAAAGAGUUGAAGCUGAAAAAAAUGCAAGUAAAACUUGCUAAAAGAGUGGCUAGUGUUGAAAAAUUGCGGAACAAUAUGCUACAGCAAGAGAUCUGCUGUUUAAAGCAGGAAUUCUUCCAAAUGUCUCAUCGGUUGAACAUGCUAGAUGGCUUUCUCUGUCACAGCAAUGAAGGUAUAGAUGGUACAGCAAAGAUUGACAACCUUUUUGAUCUGCAGAACAUAAACUUGAAGAGAAAAAUGUCAGUUAUAAGGCCUUGUGACUUGUAUCAUCAGAGUGAGAAUGACCCGCUUGGGCCAAUGCUAGAAUGUGAUGGGCUAUGGUGUCUGAAUUCUGAAGGAGGCUGUACUAAACCAAUCUCAGGUAUUAGUUCUGAAUCGGAGUUUAUGGUUGGAUGUUCUGUCAGAAACACAUCACAGAACUCUGCCGUACAUUCCACUACUGCAUCUUUUUCUGAUAGACAGUUGGACUCACAGGGAAGAGGUGGUUUUCCUGUAACAACAUCAGCAAAGUUGGCAGAGGAGAAUCUGGAACAGCGAGUGAACACGCACAGAUUAUAUAGAGAUAUAAUCCAAAUAAGGGAUAAAGAAAAUCUUGGUGAAGUGGCUGAAAAUAAUGGCCUUAGUCUUGAUCAUGAAAAGGUGGAAAGUCCUUCUUUGAACUGUGAAAGUGAUAUCAAUACCAAAGUUGUUACCGAAGUGCCUAGUAGCAGGAAGAAGAGAAGGAUCCAGGGGGCAGUUGAUUCCACCGAAUAUUUUUAUGCCAAUGAUAAAAAAUUGUCUCUUCAGAUGAAAGAAAAGCCCCCAUCUCUGCAUGGUAUGCUAAACCAUAAAAAUGAUGUGCCUGCACCAAUUUGUUCUCAAACUGUUGGGAAGUCACUUGCCUUGGAAAAUGGAAGACCUCUGGUUGCUAAAUCAGUAGAUAAUUUAUAUGCCAAGGACCGCAAUUCUGGCAAGAGAAGGUCAGUGUCUCAGGAACAACAACUCUAUCCGCAGCUCUGUGUUGAAGAUGUCAAUCAAAAGAAGACAGACAAGCGGGGAAAUGAAGGCGGUGUAGAUGCAGUUGUCUGCACCCAAGCUGCCUCACCUGUUGGUUGUUUAACUUGUCCAUGUGGGGACAAUACAGUUGAUGCUGUUAUGAGAAAUUGUGGAGAUGAGACUUGGUUUGAGAACAUGGCAAUCAGGGAUUGUAUGAAGUUGCUUGAAUUGGAUGAUGCUGUUGAUGAGGAGCGGUAUAUGGAAGCAAUGGAAAGGCCCCUGUCACCAACUUUGCCUGAAAUUGAUAGCCACAUCCUUGGAGCAUCUGAAUUGACUGACUCUCAGUUUUUGAUAAACCGAAAUUUUGUUGGUUUGGGAAAUGGAAAAAACGGUUUGGUGCCAUUUUGCACCUCUAAUGUUGCUAAUGUGGAAGAUGAUUCCAAUUGGCAUAGGGUCAAUUCUCCUGUCAAAUCAUUUAAAGAGCUGGUUGAUGAUGGAAAUAGUUUUCAUGCUGCUGUAUGUGCUGCAAAGACUGGUGGCCGCCAGAUUGGAGAAUCCGUAGUUGACAUGGAGGUGGCAAAACAAAUACCUGUACCGGAAACUGAGGGGACUGAAAUUCCUAGUGCAAGCAAUGUGGGCCAUAUAAACGAGAGGGUCUCCAAAUGCUAUGUAGUGUUUUCAAGUACUAAGGAUGAAAGCAGCAUUUCUAGAAUCUUCCAUUCUACAGAAACUUGUGCAGCCCGCUUGUCCAUGGUUUCUCAGAAAGAUUGGAUGGUGCAGAAAAUUCUGCUUGCUGUUGUUAUGGAAGAUCUUCUACCUGAGGAGAAGGCUUGUGUCUUCUUUACAUUGUUGCUUUUCAACUUUUCUGUAGUUGAUUCGGUGAAAGCUGGAAGCUCCUCUACUGGAGACUCUUUCUCAUGUUCAGAAUCUUUUUUGGCACACAUAAAAACAGUGAUGGAUGAUGUGGAGAGUAGGCGCACAUUUUCAGAAUUAUUUGAGUUGGAUGCCCUCCUUGGCAUUAUUGAGGAUUUCCUUAUUGAUGGAAGAGUUUUGGUGUCUGGUGAUGUUCCAUGUGGUUCUGGGUGCAGAAUCUUCGUUUUGAAUGGCAUGACUACAUAUCUUUCUCCCCAACUUGCCACUAUUCAUCAGUUGAUGGUUGGAAGCAUUAUAUUAGCCUCUAUAUGUCGUGCGGUUGACUAUGUUAGUUUCAUUUGUGAUGCAUCAUACAACAUUCUCCGGAUGUGCAAAUUUGGUUCCUCUUUGAUUCUGAGAGUGCUUCAUGUGUUUGCCUACCUUUGUGGAGAAAAAUAUUUUACAUUGAGCAAAUAUGAUCUGAUUAUGACUGUCAUUAAGUCUAUUGUUUCACAUCUUGAGGGAGGAAAGGAAUCAUUUGGUAAAAUGACUGUUUCUAAUGCCCCUUGUAAAAGUAACAAUUGCCCUUGGUUUUCCCGAUGUCUCAAAUGCCCAUUUUCUGAUGGUGCUGUUUCUAUGGAUGAAGUUUUAUUAUUGCUACUGCAAAGGAUUCAGAAUUAUGCUGAUUUUGGGAUCAAACAACAUAAUAUGAUUGGAUCUUCUAGUUCAUCUAGCCACACAAUCUUUCCCUGCUUGGAGACAGCUGUUGAAAGUUUUUCCCAACCAGAUGAAGAUAUCCGUGAUAUGGACUGUAAUGGUUCCUCUCGUUUAUCCAAGCUCCUAAUCGAUGCUACUUCUCAAUCUAGUUCUGUUGUCAAUGGUAGCUUGUGUAGCUUCAGUGACAUUCUAGCAUUAGUGGAACUUGUUGCAUGCAGCAUGAAUUGGGAGUGGACACGUAGAAGUAUUAUUCCUGGGCUUUUGGAAAUGUUGGAAUCAGGCAUUCCAGAGAAACUUUUGGCUGCUAUUAUUGUCCUGCUAGGUCAACUGGGGAGGCUUGGACUCGAUUCAAGUGGAUAUCAAAAGAUGGGAAUUGAAGACUUGAAGUGCAGUUUAUCUGAUUUUUUGAAUCAGUCUGCCACCAGAAAUUGGGGGUUUCCUACUCAAUUGGCCAUAGUAAAUUCUUUGAUAGGCUUGCUUUCUCAAGACUUUGCAGUACUUGUUCAGAAUGAGCAACUGCUUUCUCCUGUUGCACAUCAGUCUAGUCAUUCUGAUAUUAUAAGAAAGUGGUUUACUCAGCUGAGCAAAGAGCAAAAGUCCUUGUCAUUUAGCCUUUUCCAGUCUGCUGGGGUACUUGAUUAGAAGACUGAUAUGCUGCACAGGUGGAUGAUUUUCAUAACAUAGUGGGUAUACUGGUCUAUCUUUGUUCUAUGAUGCUAUUCAUGGAUCCUGCAAGUUCUUGGCAUAUGGUGAUGUCAAAGAAGUUGUAUGGGAGAGUACUUUCAAAUUUUGUGCAAGUUUUGUAGAUCAGGUAUUUUCAGAGCCUGAGGAGGGACAACAUUUAUUGAUGCUGAGGCAUUUUCUUAACUCAACAAAGAAUUGAAUUUCUGAGUCAA